CAAAGAAGAGGUGAGGCAGAAGAGAGAACAGUCUAGAACCUGUCUUAAUCCUAAUGUAAAUUCUUGCACCAGGAUGGAAGGGGAAUCUUACCACAAUGCCACCACUGUCAAUGGCACCCCAGUAGAUCACCAGCCUUUGGAACGCCAUGGGCUGUGGGAAGUCAUCACCAUCGCAUCUGUGACUGCUGUCGUAAGCCUGAUCACCAUCGUAGGCAACGUCUUAGUCAUGGUUUCCUUCAAAGUCAAUAGUCAGCUGAAGACCGUUAACAACUAUUACCUGCUCAGCUUAGCCUGUGCAGAUCUCAUCAUUGGGAUCUUUUCCAUGAACCUCUACACUACCUACAUCCUCAUGGGGCGCUGGGCCCUCGGGAGUCUGGCUUGUGACCUUUGGCUUGCACUGGACUAUGUGGCCAGCAAUGCUUCCGUCAUGAACCUUCUGGUGAUCAGUUUUGACCGUUACUUUUCUAUCACAAGACCUCUGACAUAUCGGGCCAAGCGUACCCCAAAAAGGGCUGGCAUCAUGAUUGGCUUGGCCUGGCUGAUCUCCUUCAUCCUCUGGGCGCCAGCUAUCCUCUGCUGGCAGUACUUGGUUGGAGAGCGGACGGUACCACCAGAUGAGUGCCAGAUCCAGUUCCUCUCUGAGCCCACCAUCACUUUUGGCACUGCCAUUGCUGCCUUCUACAUCCCUGUCUCUGUCAUGACCAUCAUCUACUGCCGAAUCUACCGGGAAACAGAGAAGCGAACCAAGGACCUGGCUGAUCUCCAGGGCUCUGACUCUGUGGCUGAAGCUGACAAGAGAAAGCCAGCUCACAAGGCUCUGCUCAGGUCCUGCUUUAGCUGCCCUCGCCCCACACUGGCCCAGAGGGAAAGGAACCAAGCCUCCUGGUCAUCCUCCCGCAGGAGCACGUCCACCACUGGGAAGCCAUCCCAAGCCACUGGCCCAAGCACUGAGUGGGCCAAAGCCGAGCAGCUCACUACCUGUAGCAGCUACCCCUCCUCAGAGGAUGAGGACAAGCCCACCACUGACCCUGUCUUCCAAGUGGUCUACAAGAGUCAGGCCAAGGAAAGCCCAAGGGAAGAAUUCAGUGCUGAAGAGACCAAGGAAACUUUUGUGAAAGCUGAAACUGAAAAAAAUGACUAUGACACCCCAAAAUACUUCCUGUCUCCAGCUGCUGCCCAUAGACCCAAGAGUCAGAAAUGUGUGGCCUAUAAGUUCCGAUUGGUGGUAAAAGCUGAUGGGACUCAGGAGACCAACAACGGCUGUCACAAGGUGAAAAUCAUGCCCUGCUCCUUCCCAGUAUCCAAGGACCUUUCCACAAAAGGCCUCGAUCCCAACCUCAGCCAUCAAAUGACCAAACGGAAGAGAAUGGUCCUGGUCAAGGAGAGGAAAGCAGCCCAGACCUUGAGUGCCAUCCUUCUGGCCUUCAUCAUCACAUGGACUCCUUACAACAUCAUGGUCCUGGUUUCCACCUUCUGCGACAAGUGUGUCCCCGUCACCCUGUGGCACCUGGGAUACUGGUUGUGCUACGUCAAUAGCACUGUCAACCCCAUUUGCUAUGCCCUCUGCAACAGAACCUUCAGGAAGACCUUUAAGAUGCUGCUUCUCUGUCGAUGGAAAAAGAAAAAAGUGGAAGAGAAGUUGUACUGGCCAGGGAACAGCAAGCUCCCCUGAAAAGCUAACUCCCCUCACAAGAAUGGCCAUGAUCAAGUUCCUCUGACGAUGGCUGAGCUGAUUCUGGUUUGUUAAUUUUCAAAAAAGACAUCUGUCAUUUUGAGCCCCCGGGGACUUUUUAAAGGCUCAAGAUCCGUCACCAAAAGGAAGGAGUCACAGCUGUCACAAUUGCUGCCAUACUGAAUGAUUCUUGUCUAUGACCAAGGUCACCUGAUGCUACUGGAGUUUGCCAUUGAAGUAAAGAGACAGACUCAUGGCCUGCACAAAAGGAGACAUGCUGCGUCACAAUGAGCAGUGACUGACAAGUUUUGUCUAACCUUCUGUGAGGAGCAGCAGGGACCGGGUGGAAACUUGCCCCUGUGGCAACCUGUCAUAGAGUUUUGUGUAGUAUAUAUGUGUUUACGAAGUUGUCUCAUACCAGUGAGAAUCAGUCAGUGUCAUGUGUUAACAUGAGUGAUAUUCAACUGGCUUCUAAGACUCUCUUUAUAAACUGAUCAGUAUUUAUUAUGCAGCUAUUACGUGUCCUGUACUGUGGUAUGUUUUCCUGUCCCUACAUCUGAGCAAAGCUCUUGUUCUUCCCUUUCACAACCAAUGCCAAUUCCUGGUACCCUCCAAAAUCAUGCUGGUCCCCAUGGAACCAUCCCUCCUCCCACAAUCCUGGGUCUGGAAGGACACUGAAACCUGAGAUGGGACACUGAGUCCUAGAGAGGGGCCUCUAUUCUGCUAAUAAAGAUCAUCAAGUCUC